AUGAGCCUUGAAGCUGCACGAAAAACGGUUUUUAUUACAGUCGGUUCAACAGGCUUCGAUGACUUAAUUCACAUAACCACUUCUGUUUCUUUUUUAGAAUUAGUCUCUUCGUUGGGAUAUACCCGUGUCUUAGUACAAUAUGGUAAAAGUCAUAGCAUAUUCAAGGAGUCAGCUGCGAAAGAAAUAAAGAUCCCGAAUGGUCGGUAUUUAGCACCGUUGAAAAUAACAGUUGAUGGAUACGAUUAUAAAGAUUCUUUACGAGACGAUAUGGAAAAGGCGGAGCUAAUAAUUAGUCAUGCUGGAUCGGGAUCCAUUCUAGAAUCAUUACGACUCAAUAAGAAAUUGAUUGUAGUAAUCAAUGAUGCGCUAAUGAAUAAUCAUCAAAAUGAAUUGGCAGUUGAGCUGUCAUCUCACAGAUAUCUAUUGUAUAGUUCUGUCAG